GCACCUCUAAGCGAGUCCAGAGGAUCCAUCUGGGAUUAUUGAAACCGGAGGCAUGGAUGAGGAAGCUCAGGACAACGAGUGCCCGGUCUGUUACGAGAGUCUGUCGGACAGCGCCAGGACGCUCAGCUGCAGGCACCAGUUCUGCCACGACUGCUUAGUGCGAACUCUGGUAAAUACCAGCCCAAGCGGACCCAUUAAACGGGACAAUAUCAUAUGUCCCGUCUGUAGACACCUUACAUUCAUCAAAAAGCUCCACGAAUUCACAGUUUCAUCUGUUGAAGCCAAGAAGACUGGGAAAACCUUGGAGGUGUCAUCAGAGCCCACUCCUGUAUUCCCUGCUGGGGGGUCCCAUAGGCGAAGUCUUACCUGUAUCUUCAGAUGUCUAAGAAGGAUUUCAUGCAGACUGUGUAGAAGAAGACUCAUCUGUCCCAGAGACAAUUCAGAAGUGUUCAUCAUAAGUGAGUUUGGUCGACCCAUGGCAGAGGAAGAUGUUAUUAACAUUGGGACAAAUUCAGCCAUGCAACGGAACUACAACAGUAAUGGAUGCAGGUUUUGCACCAUCUCCUGUUGCCUUCUGGUCUUAAUGAUCACUUUCACCUUACUGGCAUUGGUGGCCGCCACACUGCCAUGGGUUCUGUUGGCUUAAAGCACACUUUUACCUAUUUAAACUAGUUUUAUGUGGUACCUUAAGCAAGAUCCACUGCUUUGAGACAAGUAUUGUUUGUUUGCUUUGUCCUGGACUGCCAUAAGCUAUUGAAAAAAGAGACUGGUUUCACAAGUCACAAUGAAUGUUUAUGAAGAACAGGGUUUUAUUUCCAAGGCUUUUUCUGGCAUCAAAAUGUUUAAUUUAUAUUGAUGUGCUACAGCAUAGAUGAACAAAUCUGUUUUGAUCCUCAAAGCUGCUACAGAAGAAAACCAUUGAAGACACUCUUGAGCCGAUCAUGCCUCUCUUAUGAAGUUACUGUUAGAAGACACAGGCCUUUUUAACUUGGCGCAGUGAAGACGCGCUGGUCGCCUGGUUGUCACUUGAUCUUGGAGAGACCAUUGUGGGAUUCAGUUACAACAACCAAGGUCACAGAAAGUUGGAGAAUGAGGAAAGGGUGCUAUGUAUCUUCAGUGAGCUUUUUUUCUUCUGCUUGCAUUGCUUGAAAGGAAUGAAACACACCCUCACUCAUCUAGAAAUUCUUGUUGUACAGCUAGAGAACUUCUUCAGUGAGUUUCAGCCCUUAAAUGACUGAAAGUGCACAUUCUGCUCAAGUCAGUGGUUGUUUCUGUGACAUAGCUCUACAAUCUCAAUGUAGAAACUCAGCUGGACAUGUUUGCACUAGCAGUUUUACCUAUUGACAAGUGUGCCUUUUCAUUGUUCAGGUGACUUAAAGGAAUUUAGCAGGUUUAAAUGGAAUCUGAAUCAACAGCAUUUGUGGCAUAAUGUUGAUUACCACAAAAAUGUAUUUAGACCCAUCCCUCCUUUUCUUUAAAAAAGUCCCAAAACUUGUUACAGAGAGGCACUUACAUUGGAAGUGAAUGGUGCCAAUCAGUAAACAUUAAAAUACUCAACUGUUUCAAAUGUAUAGCCACAAAACAUAAACAAUAUGUGUGUUAACAUGACUUUAGAGUGAGAAGAUUGCUGACUAACCUUUUCUGUGUAAAAAUAUAACAUAUUUUUACAACUUUAUUGUAAUGACGAUGUAACACCAUUAAUCCUAAUACCCUUAAAUGACUGUAAAAACUUUGAUUUAAACAACCUUACAGUUAAAAUAAUUCAUGAAUUUUAACAUAAGUAUAAAUGUAAGUGCUUUUAUUAAAUUAUAAGCAUCAAAUUUCUGCAUUUAAACCCGAAAUUUGGCCCCAUUCACUUGCAUUGUAAGUGUGGGACAAGUCGAAAUGAAUUUUUUUUGUAAUCAAUAUUAUGUCACAAAUGCUGUUGAUUGAGCUUAACUUGUAUUGAACCCAGAAUAUAAGUAUACCAUUUUUCUCAGAUGUUUCUCCGAAAAUUCCUUAGGAUAAAUGUAAUUUGUUUACCAUACAUUAUAGAAUUUAAGGUAAAGAAGGACCUGGAAGAAUUUUGAACUCUGUCUUGGCAAAUUUGAGCACAUCGCUGAGACUUCGCCGUAGUAAAUAAGAACAACACAGUAUAAUAUAAGGAACAACACUUUUUUAAAAGUACACAAGCAAACAAAGGCACUUAAACCAGAAGUAUUACAAAUGUAGAGUUUAAUAUAUAACUAUGCAUUUCUGACAUUCUGAUAAGGACUGCGGCAGGCUUCACAGUACACACUGUGUUCUUCCACUGAUAUGCUAAGCUGAGGAAGGUGUGAUUUACAGGCAGAUUUGUACAUUAGUUGGGUAAGCAGGGAUGGAUAGGGUUGUAAAAUGUUGACAAUGAACUCAUCACCUUUGAAGCUCCUGUUCACACAUUCCUGGUUCCCGUCUUUGUCUACCUUGUUUAUUAGCUGGUAACGUUUUAACAGAAACACACAACUGAUUAUCUAAAGGGAAUAACUGAAUUCAUGCUAUGUUAUGUCACAUCUGAUCUUUACAGAAUGAUGUAAAGGGGUAAGAUCCAACUGACAGGUACUGAGAAAUAGAUGUGUUUGAAGUCAUCAGUUCAAUUUGUCUCCAUUAUAAUUGUUUAAAAAAGAUUAAUGGUUUAUUUUUCCAUUCUGCUCUGGAUAUUUCAUUUCAUGUUGAAAUAAAUGAAGACAUAAAUCCAUCUUUAUACAUCUCUUCUUCAUAAUGUGUGCAUUUUAUGACCUGUCAUCAUAUUAUCUUUCUCCUGGAAUCAAAACGCAAUUUUGAAGAACAACAAAAGGUUUUAUAUAAACUCUGUAGGCCUGUACAGAUCUCUGCAGAUCUGCACAGAAUUUCAUCUUUCACAAAGUUCUGUACUCCUGAUGUGUUGAUUUAAUAAAUACAUUUAUAAAAUAAGAAUCUGUUUAACACAUUUUUCCAUUUAAAUGUAAAUGUCUGUUAAAUGUAUGCAAAAUGUACCCCCAAACAGUGCAGAAAAUGCCAAAUAAUAUAUAUAUAUUUUUUUUAAAUCUCAUGAAAACAAUUUAAUCCAAAAUCAAACAAAACA